AUGUCGGCAUCCUUGCCAACAGGUGCAAGCCCACCCAACAUCGGCUCACUUUUUGACUCAGUACUCCAUCAUCCAUUGCUUGCUGACCUUCCAUUCAACAGCUUCACCUCCUUCCUUUGCCGCACCAAGAUCCUCAAGGAGGAUAUCCUGCAGCCUCAGCCACACCACGUCUCCAUCUUCUGUGCCCCUCCUUUUCUUCCAGCAAGUGUCACUGGCUUCCUUGCAGCCUCUUUGGACAUGCCACCAGAGACAGUCAAAGUCCUAUGGUCCUUGGUGAAGGACAUCAUGUGGGAGCUCCCGAGUAGCGCUGAGGCAAGCGCAGAUGACGAGACUGCAUUCAGGAUUUAUGGCCAUGAGCUAGGACUUACAAAACACACACUAUACCCUCCCAUCAAGAUUUGCGCCAACCACGAGUGUGCGGCAUGGCAGUGCAGAUCAUUGCUGAAGAAGGAGGAGCCACACCAUAUCGUCUUGUUCACUCACAGCGAGGGUGCGAAGCCUGGCUGGACGAUACACCUGAAGUGCCGAGAGUGCAAUACCAACUACCAGGCCAACUAUAGCGUCGCCGAUCAUCAGUUCAUUGAGCUGCAACUUGCCAUGCACUGGAUGGAUCUGAUGCAGAUCGCUGUAUUGGCGACGAACUGCGCCAACCUAUACACAAUUGCCCAGACUUGUCAUGACCUUGGCGACAGUGAUGAUCACUGGCAGUUCGGCAAUGCUCUGACGACAGAGCAAGUCUGGGAUUGCUUCACGCUUCUCGCCCUGCUUGACGAUCACCAACGACGCAACAAAUCACUCAUUGUUCCUCACGAUGGUGACCAGAAAAAUUGUUUCACAGGUGCCAUGUAUGCAUGCAACACUCGGAUCGUGCAUCAAGGACAGAACGAGCUCCCUCAUGCUUGUCUCGGGUGCAUGCACAUCUUCAAGUCACCAGAUGGUGGCCUGCACCGCACUGAGGUCAUUGUUACCAAUGGCGUGACUGUUGGACACCCUUGUUGCGCUAUUCCAUGGUGCAAAAACCCUCUCGACAACAACCAGCUUCGAUUCUGUGCUGAGCACCAUCACCUUGAGGCUGUCUGUGCUGUCAACAGCUGUGGUCAACUGGUCGUGGUUGAUAUUGAGACCGGACGAAAGUGCAAGGCAUGUGAUGACCCAGUCCAUCUCCACAUGGAAGCUGUCAACAUUGACUCGUCAUGCCACGGAAAGAGCAAGACUCAACAUCAGAAGCUCUCCAAGUUAAACAAUGCUAUCACUGUCCACCUCCCGUGA